AUGUCAGCCACUAGUACUGUUCAUUCCGAUAUAGCAUCCAUAUCAACAUGCACACCUGCAAUGUCAGCCACUAGUACUGUUCCUUCAGAUAUAGAAUCCACAUCAGCAUCCACUCCUGCAAUGUCAGCCACUAGUACAGUUCCUUCAGAUAUAGCAUCCAUAUCAGCAUCCACUCCUGCAAUGUCAGCCACUAGUACUGUUCAUUCAGAUAUAGCAUCCAUAUCAGCAUCCACUCCUGCAAUGUCAGCCACUAGUACAGUUCCUUCAGAUAUAGCAUCCAUAUCAGCAUCCACUCCUGCAAUGUCAGCCACUAGUACAGUUCCUUCAGAUAUAGCAUCCACAUCACCAGCCACUGCUUCAAUGUCAGUUACUAGUACCGUUUCUUCAGAUAUAGCAUCCAUAUCAGCAUCCACUUCUGCAAUGUCAGCCACUAGUAGUGUUCCUUCAGCAUCCAUAGCAUCCACUCCUGCAAUGUCAGCCACUAGUACAGUUCCUUCAGAUAUAGCAUCCCAUCCACCAUGCAAUGUCAGCCACUAG